UUUGUAGGUUUAUUCUGUAUGGUUGUUGUUUUCGUCUGCAUCUUUUAAAUUCCAAUCUUGUUUUAGUGUAUAUAUGGUGUAAUAUCUAUACUAACAUGUAUAGAAUAUUAUUGACUGUUUUAGUGAAUGAUAUUAAUUUUUGGUUCCUACCUAAGAUCUCGUUUAUAAUUUCCCUGCUAAUAGCUGUACGCGGCUUACUAAAAUUAAAUUUGUUCAUUAUAGUAAACUAUAUUUAUUUAAAUUUAGAUUGAAAACAUGAGAAACUACUUUGUUAUUGAAAGAAUUGAGCCAAUUGCCUCACGAUCACGCAACACGCGCGGGGAGAUUGCCCAUAUUAGAUUUAACAACUUAGCCGAUCACCCGCGACCAGAUUUGGCUCUCACAAGCCUAAUUGAACAACUUUUGGAUCGGGUGCUCACCGGAAGACCAGCACCACUUCGUGUUGGUCUUCAGGUGCAGC